GUACCUGAAACCCAAAAUUCCCGUUAUUUACUUCGGUUUCGGUUAAAGCAAACCCGAAAAUCGAAAAUAUGUGUUGCCGGAAGCUUACACAUUUCUUGGAUCCUUUUUUGGUUUUUUUGGUCCUUAUCGGUUUUUUGGUUCUAAACCAAACCAAACCCGUUAUAGAACAAUUCGGGUUGAAACCGAAAACCCAAAAUUGACAGCACUCUUAUCGGUUCGAGUUUGGUUUAAACCGAAACCCAAAACCAUUAUCCCAUCCCUUGUGGUGAUCAGUUAUUUAUCCUAUUAUUUUCAUAUAUUUGAUAACAAGUCAAACGAGAUGUUCUUGCUCUGUGUUGAAUUUAAUGAUACUCUAAAAAACUAUGAUGUUCAAACGAGAAAUCAGACCUGCCGAGAUUGCAAAGCUCAAGACGAUCUCCUUUGCUUUGGAAGUGGUGGAAAUGAAGGGGUAUUUCCAGGUGGAGAUUGAGUCAAAUUGCCUGAAAGUGGUGUCGAAGUUGAAGGGAGACAACGCAUCGCUGACGGAGGAAGGUUGGCUAAGUGAGGAGAUUAGGACCCAAGCCCAAUAUCUGGGCCACAUAAAGUGGAUCUUUGCAAAGAGGGAGUGCAACAAGGCAGCCCAUAUAAUAGCCCAUACACUUUGUAAUUAAGACUCCCAUGAAAUUUGAGAGGCUAGACCUCCAAUUCUCCUAAUCCCGCAACUAACGUGGACUGUAAUCCUGUGAUGGCUAAUUAAUAAAAUUUUCAGGUGUUUUUAUGAAUAGAAAAGACCCAUGUAGUGGGGGAAUACACAUUCCGAGGCCACAAGCCCAAACAGAUUUAAUGGGAUAUGUAGCAUUUUUUUUUUUUAAGAUGUGUUCAUUAGGAUAAAACGAUUAGGCCGAACCCACAAAGGAAGUGUACAAGCUAACAAAUGCAGAAAGGCUAAUAUUACGGUGCCGCUAUAAAACUGCGGCACCGGUGACGCUAAUUCUUAUUGGGCCACAUGGAGCUGAUGUGGCAUUGACUAGGUUCAUUUAACUCAAGCCCAAAUAUUAACCGAGCAAGCUGCCCGAACCCGACCACCGUCAAACUAACGGGAUGCCUCUUUGUCCAUUUAGUUUUUCGUUUAAUUACAUUCAUUUUUCUCAAGAAAUAAACAAGCAAACAGGGGAAUUUUUGGCGCCUUCCUCGAUCUCUCGCCUUGCGACUGUGAACUGUUCCGGCGAACUCCACCGUCGCCGAUCAAACUCCAAACCCUCUUCUCGUUUAAAUAGAAGAUUAUAAGAAAACUGUUUGAGCCUCAAACAAAAACCGUUAACAGUAAAGGGUGAGGAUAAAAAUGAACUCAAAAAAUGAAUCGUCGUCUCCUCAAUCUCCCUCUCCGGUGACGGAUGGCCUAUCGAAAUCACUUUUGACGACUCCGUCGUUGAUCAAAUCCCAAGGUCCAACGAAAGAAUCUAAGGCUGAUCAUUCUCUGUUUCCUUCAUUUAUUCUGCAGAACAUAGCCGUCGAUUCCCAGUCGUCACCUGUCACUCUGUCUCCGUCGAGCAAAACUUUGCCACGAUACCAGAUGAUCCCUAGUCAAAGAAUAAGAUAGCUAACUCCCGCUGCUUCUUCCCCAUCGCUGUAAACCGUCCCCGUCAAUUGAAAAUUACUGGGAGUUGUUUUUACCAUGGGCGGUGCCUUCUGGUCUGUUGCCGAAUGCUUGGAUUUUAUGCUCGUGUGUUGUUUUUGGGGGUGUUCUUAUGUUCUGUCAUACUUGUUGUGUCUUGUCAGAAUAGUAAAGAGUUUUAGUAGGAACUAGGAAGACUAAUUAUCACGAGUUGCAACAAGUUCAUGAUUCGCAGUGAGAGGCAUACGAAUCUGGACUAAGUAGCAUUCGUUUUCCAGGUUAUAUUAUGUUGAUGGAUUCGGUGUGUGGUUCGUUACAUGUCUUAGCAAUUCAGGAAAUGUUUAAGGGUAAGGAGAAUCAACUGCCUAGACUGAAUUGGUCCCAGCAUGCAAAGAUAUACACAGAAUCCUCAAGUUGGAUUAGUAAUGCCCAGAAGCCAGGAGUCAGAGGUCCUGUUUUCCUCUUUGUUUAAUGAACCGGGGCUUGGAUCAUCCAUGUUAUAGGGUUCGUUCCCUUUCCUAAAUGCUUGCGUCGAGGCCAACACGAUGAAUAUGUUUGUUCAGGUUAGAAGCGGUUCAGCUCCACCAAACAACCAAUCCACAUUGGACGAAGAAGUUCCAUACUACACCUUUGAUGUCUCAAACACACCACAAUUUAUUAUCCGGACAUUAGCUAGAGAGUUAGGCCUCUCAAACAAGCGAUCGAAUUAGAGAAGUCGGUUAAAGGUUAUUGUUGAUGCCAAGCUCCGAGGAGUUUUGGGUCCAUCAGUUAUAAUAAAUUCCAGCUAGAAUU